CUCUUUAUCCUCUUCACACUCAUUUAUUCAAGCUUAGCUCAGACUAGCAUUAAUAAUAAUAAUACAGUCGUUUGUGAUAAAAAUGUAAAUCAAUAUUCAACAAUGAUGCCUAUUACCAGUGAUGACAAUUAUGGAUUUACGAUUACUUAUAAAAAUUAUUAUAAAGUUAUUGAAAACUUAUUUGACAAAAAGAAAUACUGUGUGGUCCGCUGUGGUCAGCCUAAACCUGACGAAUGCCCAUCAGAUGGAACAUUUUCAAAUAUAACAAGCGUUAGCAUCGACAAGGGUGCAUACGGUGUAAUUCCCUUUCUGGAGCUCAUUGGAGUUGAUAAUUAUAUUGUCAAUAGUGAUCUUUCUUUAGGUGCAUCUCCUUGUUUCGGAAGCAAACAAAAGACACCCAACAUUACAUUUACAACUCAAGGAAACACAACGUCCGGAACGUCUGUGAGUUUUUCUGCUCAAAGAAAUGAUCUCACCCCACUUCAGAAAGCAGCGUGGUUACAGUAUGUUGGAGCCUUUUUUGAAAAAGAACUGUCGGCAGCAAAAAUGCUUGCUUAUAUUAAUACAUUCUAUAAAUGCCACAAGGACAAUUUGGGAUACCAAUCAACACAAAAGACAGUUGCCUGGACAAGCUACGAUCCUCAACAAAAUGCAUUUACCAUCUAUCAAGACAGCUUUUUUAAUGAACUUGUGAAGGAUGCUGGAGGCCGUCUCGUUGCACCAAACACAGCACAGAACAAUGUCUAUUUAAUGAAUAACACAGUACAUGGAUCAUUGUUCCUUACUGCGCUCAACGGAGCUGAUUACAUCUUAGAUAUGAGCAGUACGAGUUUAACUUAUGACAAUUGGAUUACACCUAUUAAUGGGACGACUCACGUAACAGUUGCUGGUUUGCCUCCAGCGAUUGUAAACAAUAAUAUCUAUUCAGUGAAUAGACUGGUCAAAAAAGAUGUCUCUGACUGGACACAGAGAGCAGCUGCACGACCUGAUAUGGUAUUGUUGGAUUUAAUGCAUUUACUAUAUCCUACGAUGGAAAUGCCUAGCAACAACUAUCCUAUUUGGAUAACUCAUUUUUCCAAUACGAAUGGCACCGAGUAUGAGCAUGAAAUAGAUGCUUCUAAAUAUGGUACCUGUGGUAAUAUCGCAUCUAACGCUUUUGAAGAUACGAGGUGUUCCCCUAAUGGACAUAGAGGAACGAUUCAAGCAAAGCCGUUGACACCAGGAGAUAAAGCGGGUAUUUCUGUAGGCACAAUCAUCGCUGGUAUCCUGGCAGCCUUAGCAGGUGUAUGGCUGUUUAAGAGAUACCGUCGUCGACAGAGAAGACAUCAGUUCUACAAAAUGCAAGAAUUGUAACAUUCAAUACACUUUUAAGGAUAUCAAUGUCGUACCCGUUUUCAAUAAUACGAUUUCUAAAAAUAAACUCUCAUUUGUGCCUUUUUCAAAAAGUAUUACUUUUUAUUCUUGUAACAAAGUUUAUUGUAAUAAAUAUAUUGGACAAACAACCUUUGAACCGCGGCAGAUUCUUUGUGUAU